GCGAUCACCCAGACAGUCAGUCGUGUAAGUCAUAUCGGCAUCACUGACAAGCUGAUUAACGUCACACUCCUUGUCGCUGCUGCCGCUGAUAACAUACCGUGCGGAAGGUCAGGGCGGACAUACGUAUUAUAGGAGCGUGCGAACACCAACAGCUCAGUGCAGGCGCGGAGCCACACAAUUAGCCACUGUCGAGCGUCACACUAAUCAAUCUCGGACAGACAGACACCUUCCUUGAGUAACACCGCUAGUGAAUACCUCAAUACCUCCACCUCCCUCCCAUAAAGCUGCAGUACCUCCUCCUCAGUACCACGAGCGUCUCUGACUUCAGAAGGAGGUAAUAAGGUUCAAGACACAGCACAGGUGGUUAUGUGUAACCCCCCUCCCGCCAUGCUCAUCAUCAGGAUCACAGAGGCGAUGGUUAGGACGACAACGAUGGGUAAAACGACCCUUCAACCACCCACCAUGGCGGUCACCAGCGUACAUGGACUGCAGGAGGACCAGCUGCCUGGAUUCUACAACUCCACCUGCGGUCCCUUCACCCCCAGCCCGACUUGCUUCACACAACUCAACCUGCAGUGUCAGAACGGGAGGUGCGUCUGCUUGGAGAAUUACAUGCCCAAUGAUUCAGGAGGCUGCAAGGAGGACCUGGUGACGAUGCUAGUUACGUGGCUUAUACGUCUCUUCAUCAGCGCCUGCAUCUUUCUCAUAUGCCUCACUAUCUUCCACCUGUUCAUCUCCAGGAAGUGCUGUUGGCGGAGGAGCAGAGAGGACCAGGAAGAAGAGGAGAACCCGCAAGACAGAAGGAGUAGCAGCUGUUGGUAUGACGAGCCUCCACCCUACGUUGAAGCAGUGGAGGAGAUGCCGCCUCCUACCUACCAAGAGGCCGUGGCUAAGGAAAAUGAUGCACCGAAUGGACCAAGGGAGAGAGAAAUUCACCCCACUGCUGCCCCUGUCACAACCUCUGAACCUACACCUGCUCCUGCCCCUGCUCCUGUUUCUGCUCCUGCCCCUGUCCACGCCCCAGUUAGGAGAGGCGUGGAGACCGUCAGCACCUCACACAUGCCACAUCCAAACCCCGCCAUAUACACCAACUACGCUCAUCUUGCAUUACAUAUGUAGCCACGUUUGAUUAUAGGAGACCGAGCGAUAGACAGAUAGACAGAUAGAUAAAUAGAUAGAUAGAUAGAAGUUUCAUUGCUACAUCGCACUGAAUGACAUCCAGCAUAGUAUAAAGUUACAUCUAAUUACAUUAUCUAUCAUCCAUUCCUCUUUCUUCAGCUCCUGAGGGUAUAAGACGAAAGGGAGAUGAGAGAGGUAGAGAAAGAGAGAGAGAGAGAUGUUAUUAGAUUGCGACCAUAUAACUUUCUUCCUGGUCACGUUUAGUCGCGUCUAUCAUCGAACUUUCCUCCUACUUCAGUUUCGUGUUUAAAUGGAAGGUAAGAGCCAGAAGGAAGGUUAGGCAGAAGAUGUAACAUGCCGCUGCACUGCUUCUUGUCAAUCUUCUUUCUGUCUCAUUUUCUCCAGCAAGCAAGAGGAACAUCAUAACAUAACUUCCUCCUCCUCCUCCUCCACCUCCUCCUCUCUCUCCUUCCCUCGAUGUCAGUGUGUGUAUAUAUAUAUGUAUGUAUAUCAUCAUGUAAAUUAAGUAAAUAAAUAUAAUUUUGUAUG